AUACUCCAGUUGAAAUUGCAAGGGGAAUUUUACCCCGUCCACGGGUUGUUGGAGAGGAUGGUAUUGGAGUACCUUUGAGAGUUCGUCGGUACGAAUGAUUGGUCGCGCUGCACCAGAUCGCAAGGGGUAUGCGCGAUUGAUAUCAUACUAUGGACACUAUAUAACCUUGUAUAUGCUAUCCUCGCUACCCUUUUUGCUGCCAAGCGCUAUGUACAAUGCACAAGUACUGGCCAUUGUAAAAGAAGGAAUGGCCAUCUUUCCCACGUGUUGUAAGUCAAUCAAGCACUAUCACUAGCUGUGUCUGGGCGUCUGGAAUUUACACGUGAACUUUCUUCCUGAUGGUUUCAACAUCGCCCUCUGCUCGAUGUGGACAAGCAUGCGCCGAGGAUCAAUACCAGCUCCGAUGUAGUCGGUGUUUACGAUUGAAGCACUCCACGAUGCAGUCGCUUGUCUUGUAUGACAUUCUCUCCGAGCUACCAGGCAACAACUGGUCAUCCAACCCCGCGAAGCCAAGGUUCGUUUUGAGCUACAAGGGCCUUCCAUUUGUGACCCUCUGGGUCGAAUACUCGGACAUCCCCAUCGCUAUGAAGGCCAUCGGUGCAAAGCCAAACAAGCGCCGAGAUGGCUCGGAUGUCUAUACUGUCCCCGUCCUCAGCGACCCUAACACCGGUGCUCUCAUCACCGACUCCCUCGAAAUCGCAUCCUACCUUGACAAGACAUAUCCUGAGAAGCCCGUCUUCCCAAACAAUUCAGAGCCCCUUAUACGCGCAUUAGACUUGGCCCAUUCAAGCCUCCUUCGACCUUCUAUCAAGUUUAUCUUUGCACGCUGCACAGAAAUAUUGAGUCCUGCCAGUGCAAAGUUCUUCAUUAAAGCACGUUCGCUGGACGUUCCGUUGCCCUGGGAUGUGAGCCGCGAUGCAGACUGGGAGCUACUGGAGAAGGGGUACAAUACUAUGUACGAAUGGUACCAGAAAAGUGAUGGGAAGUGGAUCAUAGGCGACACUUUUUCGCAUGCGGACAUUAUUGUUGCUUGUGAUUUGCUGUGGUACAAACGAGUGCUGAAGGAGGAUGAUUGGGUCAGGAUCAGUUCUUGGAAUGGGGGGAAAUGGGCUCAAGUCCUCGCAGAUGUUGAGAAAGAGUGCAAUUUGGCUUAGAAGACU